AUGGCGACUGGUUGGGACUAUGGCUGGCAGCCUAGGGAACCCGCAGAGAGUAGCUCUUCGGAGCUUCAGAAAAAACUGGAUCAGGCGCGCCAUGAUCUCAGCUCCUGUCGCGCGGAGUGUGACUGCGGCGAUUGUCGCGUGCCGCAGCUGUCGGAACACAGGCAGUGGAAGUGGAUCCAGGACGUCGCAACCCUGGUGGCGCGGCACAAAAAUGUGCUGUUGACGGCGGCCGCGGUGACUGCGGUGGCCAUUGCGUUGGCGGCGAUGCUGAGGCUCCUUUCCAGGAAGACACGCAGAGGAGGUCUCCAGCAUUUGCGCCUGCCUUUGACGGAGGCUGGCGGAAAUCGGCGUUGGUGGCGCCUCCCGGGCGUGCCGGGCUGGUGCCGGCUACCAAGGCUCCAACUGCGAUGGAGGCUGCCACGCUGCCCGCAGCUGACGGCUCUGAUGGUCGCCCUUUGGUCGCUGCCAGCGCAGCUGUGGGGCAAGCUGAAGGGCCUUGGGAGGCUCUGUUUUUGCUGUGCUGAGUUGGAUGCCAGUGGGCGUGUCCCAUGGCGCCAACGGGCUCAGAAUACACGGCAGUCGCUGCAACAGGCGCAAGAGCAGCUGGACGUGGCGCUGGGCGAAGCCCAGAUCCGCCUGACGGAUGCGCUGAAACGUGCGGAGCGGGCGGAGGCAGAGAGCAAGCAGCUCCGAAAGUUCCUGCAGGAGAGCAAUGUCCGUGUCGAGGUGGCGGAGUCAGAGGCCAAGAAAUGCCGAGACGAGACGGAGGAAUUGAAGGUCUCUUUCCGCCGUGCGGAGGAAACUGCCACGAAAGCCAGGCAGGAGCUGCAGCACGCGCGGCGCCGCGCUGAGGUCGCUGAGGCCAUCGCUGCGCGCUGCGAGGCCGCGAAGGCCGCGGCCUCGGGCAGCAGCCGCUCGCCCUCGGCGUCGCCGCCGGAGGCCUCGCCCAAGCCGAAGGCCCCAAGUCCAGCGUGCAGCGGCUCCACGCCGGGUGGCGCCGCCUUGCCGCGCUCAGCCAAGGCGCGUGCUGUCGCGCCGCGGCGCAACUCGCGGAGCUCCAGGGGGCAAGGCAGUGAAGCCACCUCUGAGGGUGAGAAGGAGUUGCGGCGGGACAGCGAGAAGUUUAGCUACAAUCGCACUCUGGCCAUGUUGAAGUUCUCAGAAAACCGGACAGGUGCCCGGCCGGGCAGUGCCAUGACCAGCGCCACCAGCAGCCUGGCCUCGUUGCACCGCGAUGAGUCCGCGGCGCUGCCAGGGGUGGUUCGUUCCAGCCUGAGCCCUGCCGUUGGAGGUCCGGGCAGCCUGACGCCUCGCGACAAGAAGUCGCGCUUUCUCUUGGCUUAG